AUGGUUCUAGAAACUCUGGCUCCGCUUUUAUUGGCCUUUGGCUUGCCUCUUAACGAAGGAGCUCCUGCACCACCUCCACCUGAGGAACACGUUCCUUCGCCGAAAAUUGCUGCUCUUGUUGAAGAGAUAGCCAAUUUGAGUCUAAUUGAUGUGGCAGAUCUCAACCGAGCGCUGAAAAAGCGCCUCAAUAUCGCUGACCAGCCCAUGAUGCCAGCAGGAAUGAUGAUGGCUGCUCAGGCACCAGCAGCAUCUGCAGCCGCUCCAGCGGAACCUGAUGUACCGCAGAAAAUGACGUUUAGUGUGAAGUUAACCAAAUUUGAUGACGCCAAGAAGAUCGCACUCAUCAAGGAGAUUCGCUCCCUCGUUCCUGGUCUCAAUCUCGUACAAGCGAAGAAGUUUGUGGAAACAGCGCCCGUGGUGGUGAAGGAUGAUAUGGGAAAAGCGGAGGCGGAGGAAAUGAAAGCUGCACUUGAAAAGGCAGGCGGCACUGUAGAGAUUGUCUAA